UAAUUUCGCCUUAAAUAAACAAAUACAUGCGAUAAAUGAUUCAGACAGGCUGCAAAUCGGAAACAUUUCAAGCCUCUGCUGAGUUUGCCGGGAGCAACAAAAUAAGAAAAAGCCUUGGAGACUUGACUUCUGAGAAUAAACAGACACAGCGCUCAACAAUCUCUCCCUUUUUUAAAAAUAAGAAAAGCGGAGGAAAAGAAGAAGCGAGGAAGGAACAAAAUCUCUCCGCUGAUCCAAUCUCCUGCUCUCUGGACAUUCUUCAAUUGCAAAGGCAUCUUGCAUAGAAUUUUCAGGAGAAUGGAAAGUGUGAGUGAACUUCAGAAUCCCCUGUUGGCUAAGAACAAUGGACAUCUCCACAACAGUUAUACUUACCGUCAGGAUUAUCCUGGCCACCGUUGUCAGGGCAAACUAUAUUCCUACAUUUUCCAAAAUUCUGGCAAUGCAAGGACUCACCAGUUGCUGGAUGCCAGCUCUCUUCAGCUGGCUGUUGAAGCAUUGUAUGGCCCAAAUUUCAUCCUAGUGAAGGAUGAAGCAAGUGUCAAAGUCAAGGACAACAAAGGUGAGAGCUGUGAGACAACCUUCAUGGAAAAUAAAGAAUCACCUGCUGAGGCUGUUGAUGGACAGGAAACACAAGGACACUCCCUUAUGGAAAAUGAUAUCAAAAUCCAGACAGUAUCCUAUGAAGUGGAGGAGGAGGAAUUACAGGAAUAUGAGAGUGACUCCUCAAGUGACAGCGAAAGUGAAGAUAAUUUUCUGAUGCUUCCCCCACGAGACCACCUGGGCUUAGCUAUUUUCUCAAUGCUCUGCUGUUUCUGGCCUCUGGGAAUUGCUGCCUUCUACUUUUCUCAAGGGACAAGUAAGGCCAUCUCUAAGGGAGACUUCCACCUGGCGAGUUCAGCUUCCCGAAGAGCUCUGUUCCUUGCUGCACUCUCCAUUACCAUCGGCACGGGGGUAUAUGUCGGAGUAAUCGUAGCAUUGAUUGCUUACCUAUCUAAAGGUGGCCAUGUAUAAUUGCAACUUCUGCAUGAUGCGCAUGACAAUGGAUAAUUCUCUUGAAUUAUGUACUUUCCUGUGAAACAGGGGACACAGUGCUGACAAGGAUUACAAUGCAGCCUUUUCUAUACAGAGAUAUGUGCUCAAAUAAACUGUCUAUGUGGACUCAUUAUUUUUCAGAUGAACAAUAGACUAUGACCUACUUUACAUCUUCGACUGACAAACUGAAAAAAAUCCAAAAUCCUUCAUUGGGAAGAUAGCACAGUCUGAAAAGCCUGGAUUUCAAGACUGCCAGGAAUAAAAAGGGGGGUUGGGAUGAAUUUUAAAUUGUUGUCUGCAGGGUGUUUUGAAACUGAUGUUCUUGUGUGCUAGACUCGAUGUUUGUGAAGUUCAGUCACCUGUUGGAUCCAAGCUUCUGUCUUACUCAGGGCACACAGUGAAAUGUUGUGGAAUAUUCAAUUCAUUUAAAGUCUUUCCUUUGGAAGAUAGGACUGAGGGCUAUGCAGUGAUGGCAAAGCAUUAUUUGUCAGGAUAUUAACAUUUUAUGCUGAUGACACUACCUGCAAUAUCAAAUACUACGUAUUAAUUCACCCUUGGGUAACUACCUAUCAUGAAGCCAGCUUUGAUCUAAGUUCUCUUUCAGAGGUUUUACAGCCUUUGUUCGCAUAAUCUGCCUCUCCUGCUACAACUCAUGUGUCAGGCUUUCCCCACAGUCUCAUCCUAUAAUGAUAAGACCUUAGAGGGCGACAUUCAGCCAUAACUUCAGUCUCAAGAUACACAUCUGUUUUAAAUAAGCCAGUGAAGAAUAGUUUGAGUAUUACUUAUGAUUAUUAUAACUGAGCACAUUGAUGGGGUUUGGGAAAUUCCUCAAGGCCUACUAGCUUUUAAAUUAAGUAUUAAGCUAGUGGGUUUACAGAACCACUAUGAUGUGGAAAAGUCACACUGAGAGGUUGAUGUGGUAUGACUGCUUUUUACUGCAUCUAGAAACACAUUCCAAAGUGUAGAAAACUAUACUCCACAGAAUCAGAUUAAUGGCCACACCUCAGAAGAAGAAAAAGCCAAUAAAACAUUUUAUGAUUAUUACAUUUUCAUAUUUUAAACAAAUAUAGCAACCAUUAAAAAUUUCCUAUGAAACGGCAUACAUAAAUUAAGGUGGCAAUUCUAUAUCCCCUUAUGUACUAAUAAGAGUAAUUGAAUUCUUGAGCUGCUUUAGUUCUGUUAAAUCCUCAUUUAUUAUUUUAAUGAGGUUUUAAUAUGAACACAUAGAGCUGAUUGUAUAUGUGUGGUUGUCUUGUAGGUCAUACCUGGCAGGAGGAGCAAAGAGAAUGGUUAUGGUCAAACCUUUAUUAUGUCUUCACUGUGAAAUCCUUCAGGAUUUUGUUCCAUCCAUUAUCUUGUUUAAGCUAUGCAUGCAUUUGUUUGGUGAAAUAAUAAUUUAUUAUGUAAAGGUACAGUGUCAUUGGUAUAUCCAUUACACUUCCCUAAAUACCCUUUUCCUCUAUGCCUGAUUCAAAUCUUUGUUCUCAACCUUGGCUUGAUUUUAUCUUUGGAACAAAUAAGAGGAUCCCAUAAAAAGUGUUCAAAAGCUAAGCCAUGCCUGCAUAUUGCCAGAAAUGUUCCGCCAUAUGUGUAGUAUGUGUGAUGGCACAAUUCAUGGCAUUGGCAUUAAUCUACAAAGCCUCUUCCUAUAUAAAACCAUAUAUAAUUAUCUGGGAAUCUUUGGCUAACUGUUUCAUUGCUACAUCAAGGAAGCCUAUGGCAAACACAUUGGUUUUUGCUGGUUAAGUACUCUCCUGUGAAAUUUCCUCUUAGGCUGCAUAUACACUGCAGAAAUAAUCCAGUUUGACAC